AUCUAGUAGUCAGACGAUAAACAGUAACCAGCAAACCUCCAACUGCGUGAAUUAUAACUAAACAACAAUAAAAUCACAGCAUCGUCGUCGAUUGAGAGCUUUAUCUCUUUUUCUAAACAUUUCUCAAAACGUUGCACGCAAUGGACUCUAACCCUUGGUCGAUGCCAUGGCCUCGCGAACCUCCCGUUGUGGUUCGAAACUUGCAAAAGCUUCCGAUAGAACUUGUUCACGAGAUUAUGAACGAUCUGCCAGUCAUCAAAAUUCUAUCAAUUCUCUCCUGGGAAUCACCGUACCUUGACCAAUGUGUUAUCACGCAUAUACGCUACAAACAAGUCUUCACGUCACACAAUGAAAUUUCGCGCGUAGUGAAGUAUUACACUCUUUAUCGCGAGAUAUGUUGGUUUCAUCGCUGGCCUUCGGCAGAAGCGAGCUCUGUAUUGGCAUUGUCUUACUACAUGCUUAUCAAGAACAUGCUGCCCUUAGGUCUGAUAUUCACAAGUAUGAGUCGCAAGAUUAGAGCCGGCUUGUAUAUUAAUCCUCAUGACCUCGAUCUUCUACUUAAGCACGGGGGAAGCAUUCGUCCGCUCAUCGAAGACACUGGGAUGCAGUCGCAAGGACAGCCCCUUAACCUGAAGGAAUGCUGGAUCUAUUGGAACUGGAUCAAGGAGUCCAAGUUGCGACUUAACAAGCUGAAAUCUCAAGAGCUAAGGCUCGCUGCACGUCUGGUUGAACAAUAUCCACGAAUUUUGAAGAAACCACACGAUCCAUCCCAGGGUGCUGCUCGGCCCAACACUACUCAUCUUAUGGUCACGUUUGAGAGGCUCGCUGUCAAGGCCCUAUGCGACAGAAAUUUAUCUCAUUAUUGGAAUUACUAUCAGUAUAGGUCUGAAACGGAGCUUAUGCAACUAGUACCAUACGAUCGAUACCUUUGGUUACUCCUUGAAACAUUAGCCAAGCACCCGCUUGAUUUCGAAGUUACCAGCCUCGAGGAGAGCUUGGCCAGAGUCUCCCUACUAAAUCAGGAGCAAGGAACUCAUUCAGGAGACACCGAAAUUUCUAUUGCCUCUAAAAAUAACUCCGUUGUUUUCCAGUACCCAGAGAAUAUUGCCAAAAAUCUGAGGACAGUACUGAAAGGUCUCAUGUAUAUCUAUACAGAACCAUCGUUGACUGUACCUCGCAUCCAAUUGGGUCCUACAGAAAAUGCCAGCUCCUCAGAGAAGUGGCCGAAAUUUUUUGUUCACAAAGGACAAGAGGAACACGCACAAACCAGGCAUAUACGGAUGAACUGGAACAUUAGACCCCACGAUGAAAGAGAGUGUGAAUGGCUAGUAGCUUUUCUGGGGGCUGUUACGUGGAUUGAAUUGAAUGUUGGACCGGCCAAGGAGGAUUUCUAGACAUUCAUCUGUCUGGGACCUGUGUUUUAUCAUUGAGAUCUCGCCUAUGAAAUCUGUCUUGGAAUAGAUAGAGGCGUAGUCUUUUAUAUACAUAAUGUAUCUAGGGUCCAAUGGGCUGAUGAACCAUGAAAUAGUCAAGGGUUUGUCUAUAGAAUAAUUUAUUGGUACUCCAUGAAGCUCUUUGAUCUCAAAAUCGUCAAGCCCUGCAGGAAUCGGUCCCAGAAAAG